GACUGACAGGUGAAGACAGGUGCGGCUUUAAGAUGAAUCGACUUGUGGUUAUCGUUGCGACACUCUUUGUCCCCACUACAUACAGUGCUGCAGGCGGUUUGUGGUGUUACCAUGAUCCUAGUUGUGACGACACCACUUGGUCCACCAUUGCCAGUGAACAUUGUAAUGGAUCCCGUCAGUCUCCCAUCAACAUCGUCUCUGCAUCGGCAGUGGGCGAUGAAACCCUGACUUCCUUCACUUUCACCAAAUACGGAGACAACUCUACGAUGAAGAAUAUCAAGAACACUGGCAAAACUGUCAAAGUGGAGCUGACGAGUGGAGUCCAGAUUACAGGUGGGGCACUGUCUGAGGCCUAUGACAGCCUGCAGUUUCACCUCCACUGGGGGAAUGGUACCUCAGUACCUGGGUCGGAGCACACAGUGGAUGGAACACGCUACCCCAUGGAGUUGCACAUAGUAAAUGCAAAGUCUUCGCACAACGGUAACACGACCACGGCCGUUACAGACAGCACGGGACUCGCUGCUCUUGGAUUCUUCAUAGAGGCCAUGCCGGGUAAUGCAACUGGUUCACCAGCAGCCUGGAAUACUCUGACAUCCUACUUGGCCAACAUCACACUAAAAGAUGAUAUUGUAAACAUUACUCAUGCUAUUUCAUUGGAUGAGCUCCUGGAAGGGGUGGACCGUACCAAAUACUACCGUUACCUUGGCUCCCUGACCACUCCAAAUUGCAAUGAGGCUGUGGUUUGGACUGUGUUUAAGGACCCGAUCAAAGUCAGCCAGGACUUGAUUGAUCUCUUCAGCACAACAUUGCACAUUGACCACAACUCCACCUCUGCCUUGAUGACCAACGUCUUCAGGAACAUCCAGCCUGGCAACGACUGGGUGGUGACGACCCAGGGCCGUCCAGCGUCGGGAGCCUCCACAAUGUGCUCUUCUCUGGGCCUCAUGGCCCUGGCCUGGAUGCUGUUGAGGGUUUAGUGACGGCGAAUAACUCCUUACCUGAAUGGCACUGCCAUAUCUCCAUGAACCCUUAAUCUACCAACACAUUUUCCUUAUAUCGAUUACCAACAAGGGUCAUCUUGACCCCAAGGAGAAACUAUUGGAAAAAGCAACAAUCAUAGCGAAAUGUGUU